GGAGUUCCGCUGUAUUUCCUGGUGUGCUUGAUCCCAGAUCGGAACCAUUUUACUUGGACCUAGAUCCGGUAUUUCCAUCAAAAGACAAAACAACACCGUUUGCUGAACUCUAAAAGAGAAAUCGGAAAUCACACGCCAUAGUAUGACAGGCUAAUAAUGGCAACAAUGUAAUAGAUUAGACACUUUGUCAGUCGGUGCACGGUUCAUUAUAACCGUACAAACAACAAGCUUACCUGCAUGCCAUCCUGUAGUAGUACUAAUUGAUAUUCUACAGAUGACUAUGUGAGAGAAAAGAAGACUCUUCCAAAUCCUUCCGUCGGAGAGUUGGAGUUCAUUGCAAUUUUCUUUUGGCAUUUGAAAUAAAAACACAAGUGAACUUGCCAUCUGGGAUUUAUUUUUUUCACAUCGAACGGAACUAUCUCUGUGUCUAUUUAUUUGGGACAAGGAGUUGUGGAAUCAUGACGACCUCGGCCGAAUCGUUGAUGUGGUCAGGCGGACUCGCGACGACGGCGUCGACUUCCUCAUCGGACUCGGAUACGGGAUCGUUCGCCAAUCAGCCGCUGAUGUCUGGGGACGAUUACCUGAAUCAUGGGGAUGUGUCCGAUGCUUGUCUGAAUCAAGGAACCCAGCUUCGCGAUGAGAUACGGUGCAGCAUCAUACAGAAAAGAAUACAGAAGGGACUAGGUGGCAUCAGGCUGGAUUGGAAGAAUAAUGGACAAGAAGCGCUUUCAAAAGAAGAAGAAGACAAACGAAGACAACGCCGAGAAAGAAACAGGGUAGCUGCUUCGAAAUGCAGAGAGAGGAGAAGAGAAAGAACAUUUGUCUUGGUGGAGGAAACUGAACGCUUGGAGAGCAACAAGCAGGAUCUAUUGGACGAGAUCGAUCAACUCGAAGAGCAGAAAGCAAAACUUGUCGCCAUCCUCACCGAGCACGAUCACAGUGGACAGUGUCAGAGACACGCACAUGUCGUCGAAGAACUCCACAUCGAUCCUUGAAGUCGUCUACGAUAUCAUUGUCGGGUUGUUUGAACUUUUAAUUGUGGUUGUCUUAUGAGAUGGGACAUAGAACAUAAUGACGAUAAUGAACGAUGACGAUUCUGACUGAACUGAAACCGUUGACGAUCACUGAGGCUAUUCAAAUUUUGGAUUUUCGUAAUAGAGAUAGUUCCAUGUUUUCAUGAUCGUAGACGUAUUGGGCAACUAUCUCAUAAUUCAGGCGCUUAUCAUGAUCUUGACUGUGUCCAAAUGCAUUCUGUAUAAGGAGAUAUGCUUUUUGGAGUGUUUGGAAAGCAUGGUGCUAGACAGACAUUUCUCUCAAAAAUAUUAUUAACACGAUAGAAAAAAAGCAUUUAACCCAUUAUAUUCAAUAUCAUGAUGAUGUUUGCACUGGACUGCCUGGUACUUUUUUUAUAUUUCUAUCUCCUUUCCUGAUCAGAAAUCAUGGCAUUCUUUGUAUCUCGUGGCAAAGGUGCUUUAGAAAUAUCAAGAACUGUAUUUUUAUCAAAUUGAAAAUGAAAUAGGAUAUACAAAUGUUAACAGUGUGACGGCUGCUAAAUAUUAUUAAAGAGGUAAUAUAUUGAAGUAGGUCAUAGAAACAUUUUAUUGCCUUCAUGUUUACUUAUACAUGAUUCGCUAAUACCACCAAAUAGUGGUUGAAUUUAAACAAAAUUGAUGUUUAUUUAUGAAAUCAACCAAAAAACCGCCUUAGCUUUGAACUAUAAACGUGGUAUGCGUACUAGAUAUUUCAAUAUAUUGUGAUUUACAAAUCGUUUUUAUCAUAGAGUUUUAUCAAAGGAAAAGAAUAUAUGUAUAUUUAUAAUUAAUUGUUAUUGAAUUGAGUACUAUUAUAUUAAAUGAAUUUGCAAACAAAUUUGUUCGGGUAGUUCUUGCUUUUGGAGAGACCGUGGAUUAGGGAGAAAGUCACGUUAAAAGUCUA